ACUUUUUUUUCCCUUUUAAUGAAUUAUGCAGGGUCAUCCAUUAUAUCCUUUUCAACAUAGGAGAAACCUAAGAAUUUUGUCCAGCUAGUUAUCUUGUAAUCAGCGGACCUCGUCUUUCCGGGGCAUAUCCCGAGAUUUCCUUUGUUACAUAGGAUACUUGUUAAAAAAAGCAUGAUAACAAUUUUACAAGCUAUAAACAGGUUUUUCACUACAAACUCUGUUCCAACUAGUUAUUAUUCUGGAGAGUUGCCAUUCCACAAAUAUACUUUCCCUAUAAAACACUCCAUUAAGGCGGAAGGAUUUGCUGAUUUUCCUGCAGAAGAACUAGCGUAAACUAUAUGGAAAACACGGAAAGGAAAAAAGAUGACCUGAAAAACAAGAAGAAAUGGCGUGGAUCAGUCGGAGGGCUAGUUGAUGCGCCCAUAGAUAAAGUGUGGGCAGUCGUGUCUCGAAGUUGCAGGCUGCAGGACUGGAUGCCGAUGGUUGAAAGAUGCACAGAUUUGGGUGGCGAGGAAGGCGUUCCAGGCUACGUCAGACUGGUUUCAGGUUUCAUGUUUCCCCAAGAAGACGGAGAUAGGUCCUGGAUUAAAGAAAGGCUGCUGGCUAUCAACCCUUCAUCCUACAGCUACGUUUAUCAGAUGGAAGCUAGCAAUGUGGGCUUGGAUGGGUCUAUAAAUUCAUUAAAACUUGCGGACUAUGGGGAGGAUUCCACCCUUGUUGACUGGUCCUUCGAGAUUGAUCCCGUGGAGGGUGCCUCCGAGGAUUAUACCAUAGAUUAUUUAGCUUUCCUUUAUAAAUCUUGUAUCAAGAGGAUUGUUGGUGCCAUAGAAACCUCGGAUGGAAAUAGCAAGUAGAUCCCACCGUCAGGUGCACCCCCAUUGUAUCUCGGACCCCGCACCUAACAUUUGUGAUGUGUAUUACUAA